GGUCACACUGUAGGAGAGAUGAUGAGGUCACACUGUAGGAGAGAUGAUGAGGUCACACUGUAGGAGAGAUGAUGAGGUCACACUGUAGGAGAGAUGAUGAGGUCACACUGUAGGAGAGAUGAUGAGGUCACACUGUAGGAGAGAUGAUGAGGUCACACUGUAGGAGAGAUGAUGAGGUCACACUGUAGGAGAGAUGAUGAGGUCACACUGUAGGAGAGAUGAUGAGGUCACACUGUAGGAGAGAUGAUGAGGUCACACUGUAGGAGAGAUGAUGAGGUCACACUGUAGGAGAGAUGAUGAGGUCACACUGUAGGAGAGAUGAUGAGGUCACACUGUAGGAGAGAUGAUGAGGUCACACUGUAGGAGAGAUGAUGAGGUCACACUGUAGGAGAGAUGAUGAGGUCACACUGUAGGAGAGAUGAUGAGGUCACACUGUAGGAGAGAUGAUGAGGUCACACUGUAGGAGAGAUGAUGAGGUCACACUGUAGGAGAGAUGAUGAGGUCACACUGUAGGAGAGAUGAUGAGGUCACACUGUAGGAGAGAUGAUGAGGUCACACUGUAGGAGAGAUGAUGAGGUCACACUGUAGGAGAGAUGAUGAGGUCACACUGUAGGAGAGAUGGAUUUAUACUAUAGAUAUCUAUAUAGUAUAUAUAUCUGUUGUUUGUCAUUGUGUGUCAGGUACCUGUUGGUGACGGCAGGAGAAGACCGCUAUGUGAAGACGUGGGACCUGAGGAGACCUCAUGACCCCGUCACCGUUCAGAAACGCUACCUGACCAACGAGAUCUACUGGCCGCUGAACGCUCCCGGCUUCCUAUUGGCUCAGGAGAACGCCUACGCAGCGUAUGGAUCACAUGGAGUUCAUUACUUUGACCAUAACUUACGGGCCAUCUUCGCCAUCCCUCGGACCGGGACUCUGUGGUCCAUCUCGUACACUGACUGGAUGAACAGCGUGGUGACGGCAGACAGCCUCGGGGAGGUGAUACUCGCCAUCUUACCUCAGAUCGGCGUCACUCCUCAAUACGUCAAACGCACCCUGGAGAGACGCUUCCCCGUCUACUUCACAUCUCUGGUUCCUCACGAUACAACUAACGAGGAAGAUCCAGAGAUGGGAGGAGACGAGGAGGAGGAGGAGGGAGGAGAUGCUGUUGAAGAGACAGACGGACCGGAUGCUGGACCGGAUGCUGGACCGGAUGCUGGACCAGAUGCUGGACCAGAAGCAGGAAACCAAAACCAUCAUGAACACAGAAGAACUGGAGGAAGACGUAGAACGGAUGAACGUCCUCCUCUUCAGUUCCAGCCGUACAGAGAGGCUGUGAAGAGAUUCUGGCUCCACCACACAGACUGUGAUCUGCGGACGUUUGCAGGAAGUGAGAAACGAGUUGUGUGGAAACGAAUGAGAGACACGGAGGUGAAGAAACAGAUGAACAUGGACGACAUGCCUCUGGCUGCACUACACAAGGUGCGUUUCAGCCCCAACAUGUGCUGCCAUAACUGGAUGUGUUCGGCGGGUCAGACGGGUCUGGUCCGACUCGUCUGUCUGAGGUCCAUGGUCAGCUCCCACGGCAAGAAGGUCCUCAGUCAGAACCAGAACCAGAACCGGUUCAACGCUUCACCGGACCCGGAGGAGGCUGUCCAGACCGCCACGGACCGGCUAUAGCACCGGUUCAGCUUCACCGCAGACUCAGAACAUAGAACCAUAAAAACAAUAUGAAUAUUUCAUCAGCACAAACAGGAUCCUGGAGACGUUCACCGUGUUCACAACUGAUCCGGUUCCAAAGGUCCAAACGCCAGCGAAGGUUCAGUUACAGGUUCUCUGGCAUUUCUUCAACAACAAAACUCUUUCAUGAACUCUGACCCGGUUCUAAGUGUUCCGGGUUAGUGGAGAACCUCGGGUCAGAGUUCCCUCCUCUAACUUCACCUCCUCCACACUCUGAACUCUGACCCGGUUUUAAGUGAUCCGGGUUAGUGGAGAACCUCGGGUCAGAGUUUCCAUCCUCCACACUACUACGUGUUUCCACCUUUCUACUGCAAAUGUCUCAUUUCCACCGAUCUAUUAUCAGACGUGAGCGUUUAUUUGCUUCCGUGAAGUUCGAGCAGCCGGCGGUGAAGUGCCUCGUUUUAAUGUUCCACAUUACAGCGUUUCCCCCCCGAUGAUGGAUCCAGUUUCUCUUGUUUGGUCUACAGAUUAUAAACAUCAACGUAACAGAACUGUGAAUUAUCACUGAUAUCAAAUCAACUACUCAGGAAGUCAUCGCUAAUAACUAAACAUCUUUGUUUUGCUGCCCUUCAGAGGUCAAAGCUGUCUACUGUGAUGUCACGGUGUACUGCAGGGUACACCGUGACAUCACCCACCGCACGGUGUGUCGGUACACCGUGACAUCACAGUGGGUGUGUUGGUACACCGUGACAUCACAGUGGGUGUGUUGGUACACCGUGACAUCACAGUGGGUGUGUCGGUACAAACUGGUUGAACUUGAUCUGGUCCAUUGUUUUAGCAACGUUUUGAUUUAGUAUUCAGUAAAACAUUCCACGCCGGUUUUGUCUUCAUAUUUGUUGCCUUACUAGCGAGAGCGUGCAGCGUCCUAACUU